CGAUUUGGUUGCACGUUGACAGUACAACUCACAGUCCGUACUUGUGCCACUCCAUACCGAAUACUCGCACCGUCUCAGCUCUCGACCCGACAGUACGCACAAUAGAAUGAUUCAUCGUCGUUGCUGCCAUCAUCGUCACGAUCCAUUAUGAGCAAACCAAACGACGAGACCUACAGCAACAACCACGGUGCCCCCGCGGAGCUUCCCGCUCUGGGCCAGCACCAGCAGCCUCCCUCGUCUUCCUCGGGAAUGCGGCGCGGAGCUGCGCCCGGCAGCGGGGGUGUCCUGGUCAGCAAAGCCGGCGGGGGCAGCAACAACAGCAACCAGAGCAUAAUGCCCACGGCCUCCAAUGUUUCGAUCGGAACCUCCACCUCGCAGCAGCACCAGCACCUAUCGGUCGAGCGGAGUCCCAUGCCGCCCAUGAUCCUGCGGAGCCUGGGCGAUCGCUCUAACGAAAAACGAAAGAACGCCGCCCUCGAGAUCGAAGCCCUGGUGAAGACACUCCAGGAAGCCAACAAUUCGCUCAUGAUCCAGAACGUCAUCGAGAUUCUCUCCAAGGAUUUCUGUACCAGCAUGAAUUCGAACUAUCGGAAGGGCGGACUCGUCGGGCUUGCGGCCACGGGGAUUGGCUUGAUGGGACACUCCCGGACCUUUUUGCCGGUCUUGCUGCCACCGGUCUUGCAUUGUUUCGACGAUCCCGAGUCGAGGGUGAGGUACUACGCCUGCGAGAGCUUGUACAACAUUGCCAAGGUUUCUCGGCAGGGGAUCCUACAGUACUUCAAUCAAAUUUUCGAGGGGCUGACCAAGGUCAUAGCCGAUGUCGACGUGGACGUUAAGAACGGAGCGCAGCUACUGGACCGUCUCAUCAAGGACAUCGUCACGGAGGCCGACGAGGCCUUUCAGGUUGACCAAUUCUUGCCGCUCCUGCAAAAGUACAUUCAGAGGACCAACCCAUACAUACGACAACUCAUCGUUGGAUGGGUGACCCUGCUGGAUUCGGUCCCCGACAUUUCCAUGCUCGAUUACCUGCCCGAUUUUCUAGACGGUCUGUUCAACAUGCUCAGCGAUUCGAACCGGGAGAUCCGGCAGGCCGCCGAUUCGGCCCUCUCGGAGUUUUUAAAGGAACUUACGAGCAGCACCGUUAUGGAAUUCGGACCCAUCAUUUCCAUCCUUGUUCUUCAGUGCCAAUCUAAGGAACGCCUGAACCGUCUCACUGCUACUACCUGGCUUUCGGAACUCAUCCACCACCCUUACUCCGGCGGGGAUGCUCUGCUGCCAUACAACUCGGAAAUACUCGGGGCAAUCUUGUGUUGUAUUUCAGACGGAGAAGUGGAAAUUCGCAUCGUUGCGGAACGCACAAACGAUGAUUUGCUGAGUCUUGUCAAGGGAACGUCUAGCCCCUUCGAACUUCGGUCGCUGCUCGAGACGCUGACGAGCGAACUGCUCAACAAGGAGGACGUCCCUACCAAGAUGGCGGCCCUGGGGUGGAUCAACAUGCUCAUGGAGAAACGAAAGGGGGACAUGAACGCCUUCAUCGAAGAGCUGCUGCCCGUUCUCAUCCGGACCCUUUCCGAUCCGAGCGAUGCGGUGGUUCUCCUCAACCUGCAGGUCUUGUCGCGGAUUUCAUUGGCGCAAAGGGACGAGAAAGGCGAUGCCGAGGAAUCGGCCGAGGAACAAUUCGAGCUGGUCCUCAAUGCUAUUCUGAGUCUGUUUGCGAAGGACCGCCAGCUUCUCGAAACAAGGGGUUCCCUGAUAAUUCGAAAACUUUGUGUUCUUUUGAAUGCCAAGAGUGUUUACAUACGGUUGGCCAAUGCAUUGAUGCAGUACGAAAAGGUCAACGAGAAGAUUGCCGACGCUGGAACACUGGAAUUUGUCAGCACCAUGGUGCAAACACUCAACCUGAUUCUUCUUACCGCUUCCGAGCUGCACGAUUUGAGGUCGAUUCUAUCCAAGAGCUUCACAAUACCGCCCGAGAACGAUAGCAAGAAGAAUAAUCCCGAGCACGAUCAGAGGAAACGGCCCCAAAAACAAAAACAAAAACAAUGGUCGAGGCAAAAAAAGAAUUUUAUAGAAGAUAGUCUCAAAGUUUUUGUGAUCCUUUUCCGGUGCUGGUCGCACAAUCCCGUUGCAACGUUUUCCCUGUGCCUGCUUGCACAAGCGUACGAUCUAUCGUUUGCUCUUGUGAAGAGGUUUUCCAAAAUGGAGGAUGUCUCUGUCGGGUUUUUGAUGCAAAUCGACAAGCUAGUAUAUCUGUUGGAAAGCCCGAUCUUUGUUCAUUUAAGAUUGAAACUUCUCGACGUUGAAUCUGAAAGCCAUGCCCAGUUGCUGAAGAGUAUUUACGGGAUUCUUCUUUGUCUGCCACAGGGGGAUGCAUUUCGACUUUUGAACAAUCGGCUCACAACCGUAUGCAACCUACGGGAUAAUCUUGGUCUGACUCCAAUGCCUGAUGCACCGAAACAAGAUGACUUGUCCUUGCCAUCUACAAGCACCGUUUUCGUUGGUUGCUUCCCCUUAAGUUUGGAUGCGCUAUUAAUACGGUAUGACGAAAUUUUAGAGAUGCACAGAGUAGCCCAAGAACAAUACGACAAUUUUGUUUACGAUGAGCAGCAACGACUACAGAUGCAGCUAGCACCUGGCUCGCAGCAGAUAGGUUUGUCGGGUAGCAGCCAAGGUGGCCGAAGUCAUCAAGCGGUACUUGCCCAUGGCCCAUUGAGUCCGCAAUAUCAACAACACGAAAGGCGUUUGUGGGAUUAAAUAUAUUCUGAUUUUCGAUAGAUACAUAAUUUGAGCAAUAAAUUAAAUUCAUGUUC